AUGGCUUACAACGCAGGAAGAAACGGGUUGUCCAAUGGAUGGACCAACGGCAAUGGAUGGACCAACGGAGACCACAAGGAGGAACACACCAAUGGGACAAACGGACAUGGUGGCAGAGAACUCGAUGCAGUACCCAACGAACAGCCCGCCGAGCAAUCCGACGACGACUCCGACGACCAAUCCGGCAUGCGAAUCAACGAAGAUCGAAACUUCGUCCUCUACGCUCGGGAGGGAUCUGACUGGGCUGCGACCAAGUAUGUCACUAUCAAGGCUCACACGAUACUUACCGAUGACACAAGUACUACCACAACCGUCACAACAAUUGCCGGCGGAGGUGACCUCCAGACAAUCACCACCACCACCGGGGUUAUCGAUGACUCUAGCUCUGAUAGCAUUCAGUUUGGGGUCAAACAGGCCAAGGCCGUCGCUAUUGCUUGGUCUCGAAAGUCACUCAUUAUAGCUUAUGUCGGGGCGUAUUUGGUCUUUUUCGUUAAUUCUCUGCUGCAGCAGAUGGCUAGCAGUCUUAAUCCUUAUGUUACCAGUGCUUUUUCCAAACAUUCUCUCCUAUCUUCUAUUUCAGUCGUGUCAAGUAUUGUUGGUGCUGUUAUGAAGCUUCCUGUUUCUAAGAUUAUUGAUAUCUGGGGUCGUACGGAAGGGUAUCUUUUGAUGGUCGGCUGCUGCAUUUUGGGCAUGAUUAUGAUGGCUACCUGCAAUAGUAUCGAAGCAUAUGCUGCUGCACAGGUCUUCUACUGGGUCGGCAACAAUGGAAUCGCGUAUGUCCUCGACGUCUUCCUUGCAGAUACAUCUAGUCUCAAAAAUCGGGGUUGGCUCCUGGCGUUCUCCACAAGCCCGUUUAUUGCAACUACAUUCGCUGGCCCUGCAUUAGCACAGGCGUUUUACAAGUCCGUCGGCUGGAGGUGGGCAUUCGGCGCAUUUGCAAUUAUCAUUCCAGUUGCUUCGCUUCCAAUGGUGAUUAUCUUCCUUCAGAGUAGCAACAAAGCGAUCAAGAUGGGCUACUUGAAGCACCGGGGGUCUGGUCGGACCCUAUGGCAGUCUUUCGUUCACUAUGCAAUUGAAUUUGAUGUUAUCGGUAUGAUUCUUAUCGUUGCUGGAUUCACGCUUUUACUUCUCCCGAUGAACCUGGCCACAUACCAGGCUAGUAAAUGGAAGUCCCCUGCUAUGAUAUCCAUGGCUGCCAUUGUAAUUACCAGUUGCUGGGACCUGUACUUCCUGUCUUACCUGCAAGUAGUCCACAACCAAAGCAUCCGGGAUGCCGGCUACAUUGCCAACAUAUUCAACAUUGGAGGAUGCAUCUGGGCCAUCGUAAUCGGAGCUGUUAUCCGCGUAACGGGUCGGUUUAAACUAUUCGCGCUCUGCGCUGUCCCGCUCCAGGCGGUGGGGAUAGGUCUGAUGAUCCAAUACCGCCAACCAGGCUCUCAUAUCGGAUUGGUGAUCAUGUGUCAGGUCCUUAUUGCCAUCUCAGCUGGCACACUGCAAAUAUGCGAACAAAUAGCCGUCAUGGCAGCAGCAAGUCACAGCGAAGUGGCCAUUGUCAUCGCCUUGCUAGGCUUGUUCAGUAACAUUGGGGGUGCCAUUGGCCAGACUAUCGCCGGGGCCAUCUGGAGCCACACUAUCCCUGGGCAACUUGCUAUCUUGCUUCCCGACGAUGCUAAGGAUCAAGCUGCAGCCAUAUAUGCAUCAUUGACCACCCAGCUCAGUCACCCCAUGGGAUCCCCUAUCCGCAACGCCAUCAUUGCUGCAUACGGUGAAGGGCAGCGCUGGAUGCUGGCCACCGGAGUCGGUGUGCUGGCGCUGGCUAUGGCGUCGGUCAUCAUGUGGAGGAAUAUCCAGCUUAAGGAUGUCCACCAAGUCCAGGGAACGAUUGUUUAA